AUGCCUCCAAUGUUCAAGUUCAUGCAUGACCCAGUGUCAGGGUAUGCACAUGUACAUGUUCAGAAAUUAAACUGGUGCAUCUCCAGACCAGGGGUUUGUGAUAGCAUGUACCAAAGUAAGAGCGAUCAACAUUUACUUGUGCAGCAAGCUUGCAAGGCUGGAAUUGAAUAUCUUGGAGAUGCUACUGAAGCCAGAGGUGUACUAGCAUCGAGUCUACAUUCCUUCGUCCUGAGAUAUAAAAGACAAGAACUACCCCAAGACCUACAGUCCUGCCCCGUUGUUGCUCCAUCAGGUGUGCCCCUGCGGGUUACACU